CAUGUGGCCAAAUCACCACACGAUCAACCACCCAUUCGGGUUCAUCUAUACUUGAUAUCUUCCGCACACCUGACAGUGUAUGUCACAUCAUGCAAGGCCAUGAAACCAAGCAAUUGCCGUUGGACCUUAUGAAUGGUCGACAUGAUCUAUAGCUUGACGACAAUGUCUCCGGUACAAUGGUAUCCAGUUUUGACUGGCUAACAUCAUUGACCAAUGGUAUGCUUCAUCCUUGCUGCAGCCACGCUGUUUAAGGCUGCGUCUGGACAAGGCUGCCCUCCGAGACUGUCGCAUGUUGCGGUAUUGUUAAGCCACCCUGUUAUGACUAUAUAUGAUGAACGCACUGUUUACUGUCAAGUCGACUCGUGAAAGACCAUAUUUUGCCCGCCUCAAAUUCUCCUUCGCGACUUUGGACAGUUGCUCAUUGGCGUCAGCCAUCUUCUCCGCCAAUGAUCGCCCUCAAGACCCAUCCUGGCUGCAGGUCUGGCCUGCUGCAGCUGUAUGCAUUCCGAUUAUCACACGCCUAUAUUGAGGUAGUAGUAUGCCUGCGCUAUUCUGCCAUGGUUGCAUUCAUUUGCCACCAGCAGCCCGGCCCCCAAAAUCAUAACCUUUCGUAUUCUUCUUGCAAAAGCUUGCUUGCACUUGAAAGAGCCAUGGAGUUCGGUGUUAUCGCAUCCGCAAUCGGCGUCGUCGGCGUUGCAGCUCAAACCAUAGAGGUGAUCACCAAGGUUAGAAGUCUCGUCCAAGAAGCAGGAGAUGCCCCUUCCAAUAUCAAGAACAUAGCUGCUGAGCUGGAGAUACUGGCAAGAGCACUUUCAGGUAUCGAGAUGCAAGUGCGCCAGACCAAUCAACCAGCCUUCUCGGACCCUUCGCCAGCGUUGCUGUAUUGUCAGCAAGCAUACGAAUGGCUAUGCUUUUACAAGUUCUUGAUCGAAUCUGGGUUAGAAAUCACUGCGGACCACCACGAGAAUUGGUAA